AUGGAAUUCGUGACUGCUCUUGUCUUCAUCUUCAUAGCUUGUGCAUGCGGGAUAGCCUGGGCCAUCUUUAAUUGGAUGGCAGUCCACAAAAUCGAAAUCCAUCACAAACACGAGGGAUUGAACGAGAAGCUCUAAGGAGAUUAAUAGGAGAAGAUAGAAACUCUCUUGGAAAUUGGAGAACAUAUCACAGAUGUAAUACUCGUUAUUUAAUGAGCAAGGGAGCCAAAGCCUUCCUGAAAGAAGAGUACACAGAUUGCAGUGUGUUUAUCGCCAUUAUGGCAGUAGCAUUAAUAGUAUGGAAAUUUAUAUAUAUAUUACUCAGUUUGUGUCUCCUUGGUCAACUUUGGCAUUUGUAUUGGGUGCUGCCACUUCAAUGCUCUGUGGAUAUUUGGGAAUGGCAAUUGCCACUGCUGCAAAUUACAGAACUGCAUUUUGUGCAAUCACAUCAUUAUCAGAUGCCUUUCAAGUAUACUACAAUCAAUUACCUUAUUUAGAUGGCCUAUAGAGGAGGUUGUGUUAUGGGAUUCCUUUUGGUUUCCAUUUCCUUGUCAAUUCUAUCCUUAAUUAUUAUCAUCUACAAUAGUGUUUUGGUGAAGGAUAACAAUCAAGAAGAUCUGAUAAGCAUGUUUGAUUACGUGGCUGCUUAUGGUUUAGGUGGUUCUACUUUUGCCUUAUUUGGUAGAGUGGGAGGUGGUAUUUAUACAAAGGCUGCUGAUGUUGGAGCUGAUUUGGUCGGUAAAGUGGAAAAAAACCUUCCUGAAGAUAGUCCUAAGGUACUCAACGUUAUUAUCUUAGAAUCCUGCUACUAUUGCUGAUAACGUGGGUGACAAUGUUGGAGACAUUGCAGGCAUGGGAGCUGAUCUAUUUGGAUCAUUCGCAGAAUCAACUUGUGCUGCUUUAGUUGUCUCUUCUACUCAAUUAAGGGUUAUUACUGAAUAGGGUCCCAUUAUUCACAUAGGUUAAUUGAUGUACCCAUUAAUGGUAUCUGCUUUCGGCAUUAUUAUUUGUAUUGCUGUUUCUGGAUAUGCAGUAUUUAUAUAAAAAGUAACUCACAUAAACAAAAUUGAAUCAUCUCUUAAAUUACAGUUAUUGUUAUCAACCUUGGCAUUGUCACCAAUACUUGUUGGAAUUGCUUAUUGGUGUUUGCCUUCUGAUUUUGUAAUGAUCUCAGCCACCUUUGAGAUAGAAAUUGGAUCUCUUCAACCGUGGCAUGCCUUAGUCUGUUCAUUAAUGGGAUGUAAUGCGUUAAUAAUACUAUUUUAGUAUGGUCCGGAUUGCUCAUUGGGUAUUUCACUGAGUAUAUGACAUCGCAUUCUUAUACUCCAGUUAGAGAAGUAGCCAAAGCUUGUGGCACAGGGGCUGCAACAAAUAUCAUAUAUGGAUUGGCUCUGGGAUACUUAUCUACAAUUGUUCCUAUUGUUGCAAUAGCCCUGACAGCCUUAUUGUCAAUGAAGUUGCUGUCCUUUUAUGGGGUUGCUUUGGCUGCUCUAGGUAUGUUAUCCAAUCUCACAAUUGGUUUGGCAAUUGAUGCCUAUGGACCAAUUUCAGAUAAUGCUGGAGGUAUUGCUGAAAUGAGUGAAUUGGGAGAGGAUGUCAGAACAUCUACAGAUGCUUUGGAUGCAGCUGGUAACACCACGGCAGCCAUUGGAAAGGGAUUUGCUAUUGGAUCAGCAGCCCUUGUUUCCCUAUCCCUCUACGGAGGUUACUUGACUAGAAUUUAAACUUACAACAAGAACGGAGUAUACCCCUAUGCUGAAGGAGCUAAGAUUGAUGAUCCAAUCAUAUUUGCAAUGUUAUUGAUCGGAGCAAUGUUGCCCUAUGCCUUUUCUGCUUUCACCAUGAAAUCAGUUGGAAAGGCUGCUCUUCAAAUGGUUGAGGAAGUUCGAAGAUAAUUGCAUGAACACCCUGGUAUCUAUGCAGGCACAGAAGAGCCAGACUUCAGGGCAUGUAUUGCUAUAUCGACAAAGGCCUCAUUAAAGGAAAUGAUACCACCUGGAUUGCUGGUAAGUAUUCCAUAUAAAUUAUUCUAGGUGAUUGUGACUCCAACUGCAGUGGGAUUGUUAUUUGGACCACAAGCUGUUGCGGGUCUAUUACCAGGUGCUCUGAUUAGUGGAGUGUAGAUGGCUAUAUCUGCUUCGAACACAGGUGGAGCAUGGGAUAACGCUAAAAAGUACAUUGAGGCUGGGUUCUAUAAGAACGAUUUAGGAGAGGUCAAGAAGAAAGGGUCUGAUGAACACAAGGCUGCAGUUAUCGGUAAUCAAUUCUUAGCAUUCUAGGUGAUACUGUUGGCGAUCCUUUGAAAGACACGUCAGGGCCUUCAUUGAAUAUUCUUAUUAAACUUAUGGCUAUUUUGUCAUUAGUUUUGGCUGAAACAUUUUGUAAGACUGGCUGGUUGUAUAAAGAUUGAUGUUAUUAAAUUG